AUGUCACCCACACAUACGCCUCAACGUUCGCCUUUCAAGGUGUCGAACAGUCAGAGCCAAGAGGACAUCAAGAGUUAUGAGCUUGUCGACAACCUGCAGCUCGAUGAGGACGAUCAAGAUGACGAAGACAGUAUGAGUGUAGAGAAAUCAUCCCCACAGUCUCAGAUCAAGCAGCCCCGGCCACAGACAUCAGCCGAAGAUGAUCAGGACAUGGAGGUCGAAGAGGACAUACCAUCGCCGACUCCAGCACCUCUUGCCGACUCGCGCCGUCAGCAGGCGCGAACUCCAGAGCCCAGUCAGCGCCGUAGUCAGAAAGCCUCGGGUCAACUGUGGCCGGGCAGCCCUGGUGCCCUUGCGCCCUUUGACUGGGAAGAUUUUGAGAGCCGUUAUGAGAAAGCUCUGACUGAGGCGGAUCAGAAAGAGGCCGAACUGGUGGCAGAAUUUGAGCACCUUGUCCAGUAUUUCAAUGUCUGGGCAUCGGCAUCAUCAAGUCACGACAGCGAGAGAGCAGUCAAGAGGCUUCAAACCCGCACUAGAUAUGUACACUUGUCAGAGAACAGAUUGAAGCAAAAGAAGGAACAUCUGGCCGAAGUUGUCAAGGCCUUUAAAGGCGCCCUCCACCUUUUGAGCACGGAGAGAUCAUGA